AUGAACGACAAAGACGAAAUACGUAAGGACCCGGACUCGCAGAACGGCCCGGUGCUGGACCGAUGGAGUAUCUGCUCGGCUGAGGAGGAGCCGCUGGUUUUACAGCAGUUCCUCAGAUUCGCCGAGACGCGUCCGUUUGUGCAGCAACUGCUGCUGGCCGCCGGAACGCCGGGUACGGAUGCUAUGUCACCGAGCAGACGACCUUCGCCACCGACGAUGCCACUAGCACACUUGCCACCCCCGUUGCACAUGCUCCACUGCGGUUUACCGCCGCCGGGUUCCCGGUUACCACCUCCGCUGCCGCCUCCACCUCCGCCGCCUCCGCCGUCGUCGGUCUCGCAUCCGUCGAUGUCGCCGACAGCGCAGAAACAUUAUUCCUCGUCGACGGCCGGCAACGCGGUCGUUACGAGCAGAUCGAACUCGCCGCCGCGUUCGUUAGACUCGCAUUUAACGGUAUCGCCGUUGAACAGACUGCAGAGCAUGCAACCGUUCGAUUUUCGAAAGUUGAGCACCCUCGGACUGCCGGCCUUCCCGCCGAUACCGCCACCGCCGCCGUCAGCUGAGCAACUUCUGCAGAACCGCAAGUCCAUGAGAAAUCCACAGAGUCCCCACAGUCCGCCCCAUCAUUCACCCGCGGUGUCGCAGUUGCAGAGGCCGCACGUGCCGGUCGCCCCCGUUUCCUCGUCGGCGCUUACGGCCUUCGGCCAUCCGCUCUCGGUCGCGGUUUCCUCGGGGGCGUUACCGCCGAGCUUCCCUACGCACUUCCCACCACCGCCAAUGGGCAAAACACCUGGCAGCGGCGGCAUCGGGGGCGGAUUAACGAUACCCGUGGACGUUCACAGCGGCGGCGAGAAGAGCAGCGAGUUCGGUUCGGAAGAGGACGAGGAGGACGAGGAGAACUCCGACAGCGCGUUGAAUCUCAGCAGACGAGAUGCCGCUAUGUCAAAGCACUCAAUCUCGUCCGAGCAACGUCAUCCGCCUCCGUUAUCGCUCCAGGCCGCGCCGCUCGGCAGACCACCUGGAAUACCUGGAAGGAAACCGCACUCGCCGGGCAAGCGACCGGGCAGCCAGUGGGGCGCGGCCGCGAACAUGCCACCGAACCUCGGCACGCCUUUCAUCAACCCCACCACCGGCAAGAAGCGCGUGCAGUGCAACGUAUGUCUGAAAACUUUCUGUGACAAGGGCGCUCUAAAGAUCCACUUCAGCGCGGUGCACUUACGCGAAAUGCAUCAGUGCACCGUCAAAGGCUGCAGUAUGAUGUUUAGCUCGCGCAGGUCGCGUAAUCGGCACAGCGCCAAUCCGAAUCCAAAGCUGCACUCGCCUCACUUACGCCGCAAGAUCUCGCCGCACGACGGCCGUUCGUCCAUGGCGCAUGCUCUCGUGCUGCCUCCACAGGUCGGACUCCCGGUACCGGCUACCGGACUGAAUCAUCUGCCUUUCGGCUCGUUUCCGUUGCUCACGCCGCCGCCAGAUCUUCGUUCGCCAGCCUCUCUGUGCGCGUUGGACUUCAAGCAUCUGGAUCUGUCGUCCACGCAGGCGAAUCAGGGCAGGCCGUAUGACGAAGCGCUGCAGCAAAGAAUUUCGGCGAAUGUGAAUCUCUCGACCUCCACAGCCUCGACGACGAUGCCGAUCGUGAUGUCGACCGCGGCCGCCACGACGACCACGACAACCACGCGAGGAGGUUCGUUUCCUGGUAACAACGCACCCAACAGCGCGGUUUCACCGUCCACUCAAGCGUCAUCCGCGAUACCAGAGGGCGAGGAGGACGAUGACGACGACGACGGCGGUAUCGUCGUGGUGGCGGAAGACGAGACCAGUAAUCUGCCGUCUAGACUGCAACCGCUGCGCGACGACGACGAGCAGCCGACCGACUUCAGUCUGGCGAAGCGGCCGAAGCUCUACUUCGGCGAUACCGUCGACGAGGACCUCGCCAGCAACCCCGACAGCAACGAAGACAACGACUCAAUGGGCACGGUCGAUCAGCAAACCUUUUCCGUCAGCCAGCACUCGCUCAAUUCGAGUUCCUUCCACAACCGGGGCGUGCGCAAGAGAAAGUCUCAGCAUCCCACGAGAUGCGCCGUGCCGGCGGAAGUACAUUCGUCAUCCACUGAUGGCGAUUCUUCAAACGACGAAGAGCAGCGGAUUCAACGGCGAUGUUUAUCAGACAACAUCGUCGCGUCAACGCCGAUGACGGAGUUCCAAAACCAGCCGGAGGACAUGUCUAUGUCCAGGCUUGAAGCGGAAGAACGAAAGAUGCUUCCGAGCUCGCCGCAAAAUCUCAAAAGUAGUUUUCACGAUCGCGAGUCGGACUCGCGUUCUCCGGAUAGAGAGCGCGAAGCGACAACGGUCGUCAACAAUCGACGCGAUACCCAAGACCACGCGGACGAUCUGCCCCAGGACGAGCCGCGAGAUUUGAGCUCGAGGGCGAGCAGCGUCAAGUCACCAAAACGACAGAUCACCCCGGAACCAAAGAUCGACAACGCAUCGUCGUCGAGCACGACACUGAGCGGAACGACGACGGCGACGACAACAGCGAAGGACACCGACACGACAAUAUCGUCGGAGCAGAAAACUCGACGACAGAGCGCGGAGAGUGACGAAACAACGAGGGCAAAGGAGGAGACCGUGAAGAAAGAAUCUGUCGAAACGAUGCAGGAGGAGGGUAAGGCGGCGAACGACGAAGAGAACCAGGAGGACGAAGAAGACGAUGACGAUGAGCCCAUGGAGGAGGUCGAGGAGGAUGAUGAGGAGGAGGAGGAAGUGGACGACGCGCUGCGCAAUCAAGAAGGUGAGCGUCCCGAUGAUCCCCCCCGUGCCCCGAGCUCGGUCGACAGCCGUCCGACGACAGCCGACGACCUCUCCCACGACUCCUCGACCAACACUUUGCGUCAACUCGAGUCCUUGUCGCAGGGUCGAUGCGCGAUGCCGUACGCCGAGACGCAGCGGGUGGCUUCGAGGUCUGGCCGCGGCUCUACCAGCCCUAUCAGCCUCACGACUCACCAGGAGACCACCAUGGACAACUCCUCACAUGGCUCUCGUUCAUCCAGCGCCUCACCCUCCACAGCGGCCAUGGAUAUGGACAAUAGCCUGAUCACGUACGCGCGUUACGAGAACGGCGGCUUCGUCAGCACCCAGGAGGUGCCGCUCGACCGUGAGAACCCGCGUCGUUGCACCGCCUGUGGCAAGGUCUUUCAGAAUCAUUUCGGCGUUAAGACCCACUACCAGAACGUCCAUCUCAAGCUGAUGCACCGCUGCAGCGUGGACGGCUGUAAUGCGGCCUUUCCGUCGAAACGGUCUCGCGAUCGUCACUCGGCGAAUCUCAAUCUGCACCGAAAGCUGUUGUCAACAUCGUCAAGCCCUCCGCUCUCAUCCAGCUUGCCGCCGAGCCUGUCGCCGCGUGUCGACGACCCGCAGAUCAAUCCUCUGUUGCACAACGAGUUCCUAGCGAGACUCUACGCAGACGCUGGCAUAGGCGCGCUGGGUGCUUAUCCCUUGGCAUCAGGUCUGCCGUCUGCGGCCGAUCUGGCGGCCAGAAUACCACCACCGCAUCCGUUGCUGUUGCCGCCGCAUCUCGGUGCUACCUUCCCGGGUCUUUCCUCGUUUGCGUCUCAUCUGGCCGGCCUGAACGGUUUCACUCAUCAGCAUCUCAAUCACUUGACGAGACUGACCCAGGAACAGGGCAACAGACACGCGUCCUCCUUGGGCUCGCCUAUGUCAUCGCCAGGCUCGGACGACCGUAAGGAGGAGGCCAGAUGCACGAUACCCGGUUGCGAGCGCAUCUUCGGUUCCAGGGCUGUACGUGACGCGCACUCCAGGGACCCUCAAGCUCACCGUGACCUGUCGAUCCUGUCCACCAGCAGCGGCUCGUGACCAAUCCCGUUUGGUGGUCACGGACAUAAUUAUUAUUCCUUACUGUGAUGCCAAAAUCCUGAAGGCAACUCGAUCCGAUAGAUCGAUCGCCCCCUGAUGAUCUCGCUUUUACCUAGGAUCGGCAGAUAGUGCAGUACUUACGAACGGUGCUCGUUCGUUUGCCCUAUUUGUACGUUCAACGGACGUGCAUAAAAAAAAAAAAAAAAAAAAAACGUGCAAUAUCAAACGGAGUGCGUGCGGAACGAUCGACCAUUACAUGGUCGAUUUUUGUACACGAGAUGUUUUUGUUGCCCAGGUUGUCGAAUGUGUCUAUUACGUGGAGAGUAACGAGCCAGUUCCAAUGCGGUAAUACAUCUCUUUCAAUUCUUUCCAUUUUUUUUCCGAUUUAUUCGUCAGAACAUCGCAACACACACACACAUACACACAUACACACACACACGCACACACGCACACACGAUUUGUCGGACUAAUCUAGUCAAUUUUGAGAAAUUUUGUUUCGCGCGCGUUAUCAGAAGCGAAAUCAGAAAUCGCACGUUGAUUCUGAAUAUUCGAUUUUGUAAUCAUUCGAAUGAAGAAUCGCAUUGUGACACUGGCUGAUAUGUAUAAGAUUAGAAUAUAUGACCGGUCGAUUAAACACUGCUUGACUUUCACGUAAAUUUCCACGUUCACGUGACUUGCGAUUACACAAAUAUCGAUUCAAUUCUACAAAUAUAUUUCUAUAAAUAUAGACCUUUGAGGGAUCUGAAUAAACGAAGUGUUUCCCGAUGGAUUUUUGGUAGCUGAAAACGAAUCCGUCAACAAAAUUGGCCUAUCACAUCAGAUUUCUGAGAAAAUUAGGGUUAAAUGUGCUAAACUUGGCGUUUUUGGCCAUAGUUCCCAUCUUUUUUGCGGCCAACUAAAUUUUUUUUGGCAAUUUUACGUUACAUUAAAGUGCUAUCUUUUACCUAUAAUAUGAAUUUAUGUUUAUUACGGUACGAUGUUUUUUUAUACACAAUUUUUAUAUAUUAUAAAUCGGUAAAUUGAAUAUGAUUAUUACACGGGAAAAAAAGUUUUGCUUAUUAUAUGGUUGGCAAGAAAAAUGGCCUUCUCCCUAUCUUUUUAUUAAAAAAUGAUUGAGUCUACGAACUUGUUUGUUUCAUCAACGAAAUGUUUUGUUGACAAAACAAAAAUCUUAAUGAACUUAGCAAAUGUUUUUUGCUGGCCAUAUAGUAUAAUGUCGCUAUUCUAACAAAUCUUUUUUUCCCCGUGUAGUAUUUAUAAAUGUAUGAAAUAUAAGUUUAUGAAUUACAACAGUAAGCAAUAAGGAACAAUUUUUACGGAAUAAUUAGAAUGCCAAAGUGCAUUCUUUUGUCUAGCAAAAAUAUUAUCUAUAUUCAAUUUAAUAAUUUACACUAUGUUAUUUAUAUAUAUAUGAAAAAAAAUCGUACCGUAAUAAAUAUAAAUUUAUAUCAUAGAUAAAAGAUAGCACUUUAAUGUGGUGCAAGUAACAUUGUAAAAAAAAAAAUUGAGUUUGUCCGUAAAAACGUGGUAAACACGGUGGUCAAAAACGCCAAUUAUGGCACAUUUAACCGCAAUUUUCUCGGAAACCUGACGUGGUAAGCCAAUUUUAUCGCUGGAUUUAUUUUCAGCGACCAAACUUCCGCUAGAAAACACAUUGUUUUAUUCAGAUCCUAAAAAUGCGUUGAACAGUGUUAUUUCUUUCCCCGAUGAUCGAGGUGUAUUUUGUCUCAACUGUAUUAGUUUUCGUGUACUUGCCGCGUUUCGUGUUUGUUCCAUCGAUCGAAACAAAUUUGACAUAAUCAGAAGUAGAAGAGAGAGAGUCGAUGGAGAAAAAGAGAGAUGAUGAAAGAACGAGUGCUGAGAAGAGGACUGAGGCGGUGUCCUGGUCCCAAAGGACUAAUUUUAUCAUCGUUGUGAUAAAGAAAAAAAAACGUACGCUAGCGAAUAACGCCACUAUUUAAUCAGUAAUCAAUUUACCGCCUGUAUAUAAUAAACAGAAAUAGUACCUUUCGAUGUAAACGCGUAAUUAUUACAAGUGGCUAUAAGUUGUAACCAACGCGCGCUCCCGACGCGUGAUGAGGUUUAACGGCGAGUUAGUUUUGUAAAUGUGAAGAUAUAAAGAGAAGAAAAGUUGUGUCGGACUCUAAAUACGUACCGACGGGGAAGGAGAGACGACGGGCGAUGUGUAACAUCAUUACACGUCGUGACGACGGCAGCUAGAAAAAAAAAAAAUGCAAUCUUAGUUUAAAGAGAGGGAAUCAACCCUCGAGAGCUCGAAGGCUGAAAGGCAGAAAAAACGGUCGGGUGAUCGAUAUACAUAAACAAAAAAAAAGUGGAUCGACCAGCAAAUCAAAGCGACGGUGUCUCGCGCUAGAUAAAUGAGAAUAGAUAGAUUUUAUUUAUUGUUUCCUAGGAACCUCUUACACGUACAUACACGUAUGUAUACAAAGAAACAAACACACACACACACACACACAGACAUAUUUCACCACACGUCGUACCAGAGCGGCCAGUAGCGGGCACUGCCGCCACUGUAACUUCCUCCUCUAGACCUUUAUCGUAAAAUCACGUUGUCGUUUUCACGUGGUAAACUAAUUGGUGUCGGAGGAUCGUUUCCGUUGUCCGCGAUAAUCUUCCCGCGUUCGAGGAAACAAAACAAAAAAACAAAAACAAAACGUUCGGAAUUAUCUGAUCAGGGAUUGCGCGGAAGCUCCUCUCUUGAAUUUCGUUGUACAGAUAUACUUUAUUUUCGUAUUUAAUGUAUUGAACUUUUACUUGCGCGCGCGCGCGCCGUGUGUGACAAUUUUUUUU